GUUUGUACCUCUAAGGAUGGUGUGUAUGCAAAUUGGCAUAAUGUAAGUUCCUGCUUUACAGAAGGAAUGUCUGUUGAGAUAGUACCCCGUGAUCUACGUAAUCUUCGAGCAUGUCUGCUGUGCUCUUUAGUGAAAUCUCUGGAACAGUUCGAAAUGGAUGGGUGCGAAAACUGCGACCGUGUUUUGCAUAUGAAAGGAGAUACAGAUAAGGUGUACGAGUGUACCAGUACAAAUUUCGAUGGAUUGAUCGCAUCUAUGAUGCCGGAAGGCUCAUGGGUGUGCAAGUGGCAGAAAAUCAACCGAAAGUGCAAGGGAAUUUACGCUAUCUCGGUAUCUGGGUCGCUGCCAUCUGCUGUCAUUUCUGAACUCAAGACUGUUGGAAUUCGGUACAAGCCUGGAAUGCGCGAUACAGCCACUACAAGCUUACUAUACAUCUAUGAAAUCUACAACCAAAAGUCAACCGUCGUCAACAUGCUUCCGUCAGCUUUUUUUUUUGAAAUCUAUGGUUUGCCGGCUACAGGUUAUAAAUAA